UUACCAGACUCCGUUGCGAUGGAAGGAGAUGGAGCAGCAGCAGAAAAAGCACCGGCGGCAGACGCCGUUGCCACGAGCCAAGAGGAACCAACUCCGUCCUCCUCUUCCUCCACCAAGAGCCCUUUCGACCCCUGCAUCUCGGCAGCGGCGCCGGCGCCGGCGGCGACGUCACCCGGCGAGAUCCUCCGAGCGCUGCAAGUGGUGGAGAGGGAUUCCGUCGCCAUCGCCGAGAGCUACGCCUCCCUCUUCUCCUCUCUCCGCAUCGCUCUCUCCGAGGUCACUAGUACUUCACUUGAAAACAUGCAAUGCUUCAAUGAUGUCGUUGGCCGUCUACAAGAAUCUGCUCUUGAUGCCGCAACAAAGGGAAAUCGGUACAUAAAUUCCUGCCUAAGAUUGAAUGAGGAAAUGAAAAGCUUGGAAAGUCUGGCUCUGCAGUUAAAGAUAUUAAGGAAGAACGUGGACAAUCUGGAUGUGGCUGUAAACCGAGUACUCCGACUUCCCUGAGUCGGCACCAUCUGCGAGCAUUUGAAGAUGAGUUUUAUAGAAGGCUAAAAGAUGCUGUGAUGGAAGUACAUAAGAAGGAUAUAAUGAAUUGCGGCUCCUGAAACCAAAUGAGUGGUUGUAUUAUCUAUACAUUCUGAAGCUUCGGAUCAGUCUGUUGUUACUCUAUUUAUCACCUAAUGAUUGAUUUCCCAUUUAUUUUGAUA